CAGUAUCACGAUCACGCUGCAGCAGCGUUCAAAGCAUAGGCUGUCGUGUGCUAUGUUCAAAGACGUUGUGUCAUUCAGCAUUAAGAACAAAUUCAACAUAAAUUUCUUGAAGUGUGCUAGCCAUUUUGGGCAGAAAUCGAACUUUUUCUGCUUCUAAAAACUGACAUAAUAUACACAUAACUGCUAAAUAUAAGUAUUCAUGUCUAUAUGCAAGAUUGUUCUUUUUCCCAAGUGCGUGCUUUUACUAAUAAUGGCCCAGCUAACUCUGGUGUGAACAUGAACACAUCAGAACAAGACUUGUCAAGAGGAACGUUGCUAACCUUACUACAAGGCUGGAAACUUGAAAGUGAAGCUAAGUUUGGGUAUAUCUUUGUCUGGCAGUGUUGUCUCUUCAGCAGAAAGAAAAUGUUGGGGUAUAUCUGGCAGUAUGUCUGCACAUCCUUCCUGAGAUACUGGGUAAAGUGGCUAUUCAGACAUCUGACGGGGAAAUGUGAGCUACAGAGAAUAUGCUCUGGACACAAGCCUGGGGCCACAAGGACAACGAAAGCAGAAUACUCUCUGCAGUCUUCUAAGAACAAGGUUUUAAGAGGAGCUUUAGAAACCAGCAAGGAUAAUUUAGAACAAUGUGUGAAUCAAAUUAUGAAAGAGAAGAAUGUGAAACCCCAGAACGAUCCACUGUUCAAGGGAAGUCUACACAUCUGUCUGUUACAGAUAACAGGAUACAGCAGUCUGUUUAUAUCCGUGGAAGACUUGAGAAAGGAAGUUUUCAGCUCGGAGAACCCAGAACAUGAGGCCAUGCUUUUGAAGCUGUGGGACUUGUUGAUGCCAACAGUCAAACUGGAAUCACGGAUAACCAAACAGUGGGGGGAUAUUGGAUUCCAAGGAGAUGAUCCUAAGACUGACUUCAGAGGAAUGGGCAUGCUAGGCCUUAUCAAUCUUGUUUUUUUCAGUGAAAACUACACAGAAGAGGCUCGUCAGGUGUUGUCUCAUGCGAACCAUCCUAAACUAGGGUAUUCAUAUGCCAUAGUUGGUAUCAACUUGACAGAGAUGGCGUACAGCCUCCUUAAGAGUGGUGCUUUGAAACCCCAUUUCUACAACACAGUACUGGGCACACCUGAGCUCCGGCACUUUCAUCAGCUAUACUGUUACCUGGCAUAUGAAUUUGAUAAAUUCUGGGUGGCAGAAGAACCAGAAAGCAUCAUGCUAUUCAAUCAGUACAGAGAAAAAUUCCAUAACAUAGUCAAGACACAUCUACAGGAUCCUGAUGUGUCCCUCGCAUUAAUGGUCCAUUCAAAAAACAAACCUAAAUAAAGGAUUAAAAAUAAAGUUUUAAAGGAUUCCCCCUGACCUCUCCAUAGCUCCUGAUGUUGUUUGGGUAGAAGAAAGCAAGAGGCACAGGUUUAAAAACACGAAGAAGCACGUAACUCCCAUUUCUCAAAAUUUAACGACUAAUUCCUAAUAUAUUUUUGAUUCAUUAGUCGUGCUCAGUUCAUCUCGUCAUAGUGUAAGUCAAGGGUUUUCAGAGAGCACAAAUUUAACACCCUAUACCUCAGAAAUGGACAUUCCUAUGAUUCAUUCUGUCAUAGAGGGGAACUGAGAGCUACUGCAGUUAAGGUGGAACUGUUUAAUGUGAUGUGCUUUAAGCACUUUCAUUAAACAGUUAGACAGUUGUUGAUAAAUGGUAAUUAAGUACCAUAUUUUAACUGUUUUCUUUGUAUUUGUUGAUACAUAUGUCCUGCUCAGGAAUAUUUAUAUCCAGAAACUAUGGCUAAAAUGUAUUCUAAGGAAGUGAUUCCACUGAGCUGUUCUCAUCCUAAUAGUUGUGCAUGGCUAAACAUGUCCCCCUGACGCCAUUAAUGUCAUCUGCAUUAAUAAUAUAUGUGAUGUGGAACUCAGAAUGGUUGUUUGCCUCCCUUUUCAUAAAUGUGUCCAUGUCUGGAGCGUUAUUGCCUUUUCAUGACGUGUCAUUUUUAUGCUGUAAUUUGCUUUUGAGGAAGUUAUGUAAUGAUGAACACACCUUGCUCAAAGUUAAUAAACAUUUAGAUGUUUUUACAGUUUCAUGGGCAAGUUAAAGAAUCAAGCAUGGUGUCUGUAAAACAUCUUUGGGAUUUACAAAAUGGUUUUAAUAUAAAGGUGCACUCGGUUAAGUUGCCCGAAACAUUUAAAUGGCAGAUUAAGUUUUACACAUCUUAAAGUGCAGCCAUAACCUCCCUCAGGAAGUUACUACAACCUUGUGUUCAUAUCAUUCAUACUUGUUGUAUUUGGAAUGGGCUCAAAUUAUAAAUAUAACAGAAGUGGGACUUUUAUACAUAAGUUAAUCAUAAAGUCAAACAUAAAUGAUAUUGUCCAAUAGUCCUUUUUCAACAAAGGACUGUCUUCUUUGUCACCACAGGACAAAAAAAAUGUUGAAUAAAGCCAAAACAAGAAUUGAUAAUUGAAAUUCAGUGGAGUUCAAGCUGGGUUUCAAGUUUUACAGUCAAACUUUGAAACAGGAAUCUCAAUUUGUGGCC